AUGAACGGUCGCGUCAACAGUUUUCUGCAGAAAAUCCGCUCUAAAGGAAAAACAUCCGUCGAUUUGGACGAUAUUGCUGCGUCUACGUCACGGAAUGUAACGGAAUCGGAAGCUCGAAACGAAUCUGAUUCACUCCGGAUCCCCAACCUGGCCUACAAUGUGGAGGUGCUCCUUAGCGACACAUCGGCCCUAUCCUUUUUUAUUAAUUUUAUGGAUUCUUGUGAUAAAUUAAACUUGGUCAAAUUCUGGAUGCACGUCGACGGGUUUCGCGCGUCCAUCGUCAAUAUUUCUGAUGCGUCGAGGGCUACUGCUGAGCAGAUGUGCUUCCUCGAUGCGAAACACAUUUUUGGGAAAUACCUCGAUGAAGAAUCUCCAACCAGCAUCGGCUUGCCAAAGAAAAUUUAUGCGCGUGUGGCUUCGGUGAUAGAAAGUGGUCGAUUUGAUCCUCGAUGUUUUGAUGAGGCGCAGAGUUUUGUGAAGGAUCUUUUUGAAUUAAGAUAUCACCCAGAAUUUAUGAACUCUAUUUAUUACAAAAAGCACGAAUUGGAUGUUUUAACACGUGAAGAAUGUCCAUUAAUGCAUAUUCUUCGGGUCGAGCCAUUGCUCGCCGGGUUUUUGGAGCGCAUGGUAGAAGUGGGAGAACAGAAUCUGGUCGAGAUGAUCCUAGCUGUCGAUACUUGGGAGUCACAAUGGCCGGAUACGGUAGAGUCUGAAGUGCUCGAUGAUGCGAUGGCAAUUUAUGACAGAUAUUUUUCAAUGCAAGCCGAACGUUCUCGAAUCGCACUUUCCGAUGAGAAUCGAAUGGCGUUAGAGGCCCGAAUUUGCACCGAUUCCGGGCGGCCACAGCGGGACGCAUUUAAGGCGCAAAAAUACGCGGCGCUGCUAUAUUUAGAGGAGAAAUACCUCCACCCCUUCCGCCAAUCCCCGGUCUUUGCGGAAUAUAUUUCCGACCUCACCAACACUAUUGCAAAUACGAUCGAGCUCCCAAGGAUUGGGGGCAAAAUCCAGCGGUCAAGGGACGAUAGCCUGGAUCGAAGUAGUGGGAGGGAUAGCUUACCAGCGUUAUUAACAAAUCACCUGCAAAACCCUCGCACGAUGGGGGCUGCUGAAGAUCAUAAUAGCCACAGCUCGGAGACGAACCCAUAUUCAUCCCAACAGAAUUUAACGCCAGUCAAGAAAUCUGGCGGGCUUGCUGAAAUUGAUUCAAUGGGACGCUACACGCCUCUUUACGAUACGAGUUUUACGAUGGAACGUGAGAAUGCACAGAGUAAAUUAAAGAUGAAAUUACGACGCUAUUUGGACAAAUCGUCACUCCGCGAAGAAGAACUUGCCGAAGAAGUGGCUCGCACAAUUAUUGCUGAUAUUCAAACUAUGGUCGAUUCGGCGGCUCAA